UUCUUUUCCUCUCUAUCUUCUUUAUACUUAAUUCCCCAACCUCCACCAUCACUCUUCUUAUUGCAUUUUGUAUUCAUUCUUUUUCUUUUUCUUUUUCUUUUUCCUCCACACAAUAAGCUUAGAGUACUAUAUUUAUUUAUUAUUUGAGUUGGUACCCAUAAAUAUCUUUCAGGUUUCUUUGAAAGAGACAUAUACAAGACUUGUCAAUUCAUAGUACAAACUUCUAUAUUUAGCAUCCUUACCUAAAAAGGUGUGGAGAUAGUAGUUCUACAGAAUUAGGAUAGGAGAAUAAUAAUGGGGAGAGUAAAACUUCAGAUCAAAAAAAUAGAGAAUACAACAAAUAGGCAAGUCACUUUCUCCAAAAGAAGGAAUGGUCUUAUCAAGAAAGCUUAUGAACUUUCUGUACUUUGUGAUGUUGAUGUUGCCCUUAUUAUGUUCUCUCCUUCUGGUAGAGUUAGUACUUUUUCUGGAAAUAAAAGCAUUGAAGAUAUUAUGGCACGUUAUGUGAAUCUCCCCGAACAUGAUCGAGGACGUUUACACAACCAAGAGCAUCUCCAAAGGGCUAUUGCUAAGCUAAAAUGUGAAACAGAUCGAACGUAUCAAGCAGCCAGCCCAGCGAGCGUUGAUUCCCAUAUUGAGGAAUUUCAACAAGAAAUUCUUAAAUACAAGACUCAACUAGAAGAGACGGAUAGGCGAUUAAGAAUGUAUGAAGGCGAUUUGUGCGAAAUCACCACAGUAUGUGAGGCACAAUAUAGGGAAGAAAUACUCCAAGAAACACUAAAACAAGUUCAAGCUCGUAAACAAGUAUUGGAGGAAACAUAUAACUCUCCCCAAGCACAAACCACCACACAACCACAGAUGGAUUUUGCAUCACAGAACGUGAACGUGGUGAAUAAUGCGGCAACAAGUGAUUCAAUUCCAAAUACUAGUUCAAAUACAUUCAUGGAUUGGGUUCCACACUCACAAAGAGAUCCUCACGUCCAAAUUCUGAAUUUUCUUGAUUCCAAUGGGCUUCUACCCUUCAGAGACGAAGCUGAUCAACGCAUGGAAAACAUGUUACCACCAUCUUUAACUCAACUUCACACUCCAAAUGUCUCUGCAGUAACGGAUCAUCUGAGUCCAAAUAAUCGAUUUGAAAAUGAUCCACAACGUCCAACGUCGUCGUUUGAAGGCAUCAUUGAUGUCAAUAAUGCUCCGUGGCCACCGUUGUAUCCAACAGGAAAUGAUCCCUUUCCCGAGACACAACCCAGAGAACGAGCACUCCUUGAACUCUUCUUGUCUCAACUCACUCCGGUGAACCGAGAUCACCUAUGAGGAAUCAUUGUUCUUCCAUACUUAGAUUUGUCAUUUGUUCUUUUCAUUUUGUUCUCUCUGUUCCCUUUUGAUAUCGCUGCUAUUUGCAAAAUUACUGGAUUAGAGAAUUUCUCAGCGUAAUAUUAUACUUUGUCCCAAAAUUGCGAUUUUA